AGUGCGUUCCAGGUGUUCAGAGGGGUAGGUUGCGUCACUCGUUGGUCCCGCAAGGCGAAGCUUGAGCGGCAGGGAGGGACAUCUACUCUGGUGGGACACUCAAGAGAUACAUUAGAGGAGUCAUGGAGCUAACCUCUAGAGGAAGUACUGGAGUGCUGGACCAAAGAAAUGGUCAGAAGAGGCGUCGUGGGCUAAUCUUGUGUUUCCAGAGGCAGAUCUAUGGGAUGAAGAGCCUACCCGCUGGCCGCUCAUGUGUGUAGAUGCCACUAGAGGGCACUUGGAGGCACCUCUAGCCGCCCUGAUAGCAAACUGCAGAGGCACGGUACCUCUACAUGGGAGGAGAAGACCAGUGAUCACCGUGGGAGAUCGACGACAGUCUGGGAGACUCAUAUUCCAUUUUACUCGACAAGCUGAGGAGUAGUACCAGCUGUGACCUUCCGUCAGCUGGUACAUCGCAGAGGAGAGACCAGCUGUGGCAGAGGGAGAAAAGAGAAAUCUACAGGAAUCAAGUAGACGAUCUGGUGAACCAUCUGCCAACCUCAACAAGCUGCUAAAACCUCAAGCAAACGUUCCACGGUGUAUAAAAGGCGGCAAUGUCAAGUUCCGGGAGUUGUUCUGGAAGAAUCGUCUUCAGACUGUUACGUACUGCGCCGUGUUCUGGUCGUUUGGGAUGUGUGUGGCCUUCCUGGGCCCCACCCUGCUUGACCUGGAGUGCAGGAUCUCUUCUGUCUUCAGUUCCAUGUCGUGGAUCUUCUUCUCCCAGAGUCUCUUCACUCUCAUAGGAUCAGCCUGCGGCGGCUUCCUCAUCCAGAGGGAUGUGGAUGGUGACCCAGCCGACCACGACUGGUGGAGAGGAAUUGUGGUUAUCCGGCUAGGAAGACUGGGGAACCACGUGGUGCUGCUGCUGUCGACGACGAUGCUGGCGGUGACGCUGGCCGUGAUCCCUUACUGCACGGUGCUGGGGUGGCUGGCGGCGGUGCUGGCGCUCAUGGGCUUCUUCAUGGGCACCAUCGACACCGUGGCCAACAUCUCCAUGAUCCAGCUCUACGGUAUGAAUGUGGCGCCUUUCCUGCAGGCUCUUCAUUUCUUCUACGGCCUCGGGGCCUUCCUCUCCCCCAUGAUCGCGGAACCUUUCCUACUGAACAAGAACUGCACGGAGAUUGUCCUUAACACCACUACUACCACCUCCCACCACCACCACGACCAGCACCAACACACCCAGGACAAGGCCCUCAACCUCUCAUACCCAGAUCAUCACACCCUCGAACUCAAGAAUAACUCUGAGAUACAGUACGCCUUCUGGAUACUUUCUGGCUUGCAGGUGCCGGUGGUGUUGCUGCUGACGAUGCUGGUGGGGCGGGAGGUGUUUGGCCUGGACGCUGACCCUGCAGGAGAGGUGGCAGUCGGUGCUGGGGGCAGCGUGGAGGCCGGCAAGGAGGCCUACGAGAUGAAGGUCUCGUCAGGGGGCACGGAGCCCAAGGUCGUGGUCGUGGAGCACGGGGAACGACCUCCCGUCAAUAGGGAGCAGGUCGUUACCAUCACCCUCCUGACGGCGUUGUUGCUCUUUCUCUACGAUGGUCUACAGGCGGGUUAUGGCGGCUACGUGUUCUCGUACGCUGUGAAGAGCAUCGCUGGGAUGUCCAUGAACGAGGCGGCCUACCUCAACGCCUGCUUCUGGGGCACCUUCGCCUUCGGGAGGCUCAUGUCCAUCGGCAUCGCUACCAAGCUGGCGCCUUCCUUCAUGCUGCUCUGUAAUAUUAGCGGGUGUCUGGUAGCGAUGGUGUUGAUGUUGUCCUUCCACCACAACCACGCCGUCCUCUACAUCGGCACCUGUAUCUUUGGCACCUUCCUCUCCUCCGUCUACCCCACGGCCGUCAGUCUGGCAGAGACCUACAUCCCCGUCACCUCCCACAUAACUAGCGGCCUGGUGAUGACUGCAGCCGCGGGGGAAAUGAUCAUCCCAGUCGUUAUCGGCCACGAGUUCGAGGCCUACGGGCCGGCCAGCGUGCUGGUGUCUGGCGUAGUGAUGACCCUGGUGAGCGUCGUGGUGUACCUGCUCCUGUACCUGGUGGCUCAGACCAUCACCCGUCAGUCCUCCGAGCAGAGUCUGCUGAAGCGGUUGAAAGCGCUGCUGCUCCGCCAGAAGGAGGAGAUGGAGGACUCGGGUCUGAUGAAGCACCACGUCAAGUACUACACCAGGAUGGCCAGCCAGCUCUCCGAGUCGUCCCUGGGGGAGGAGGCAGGCUCCCCCGAGGGCACGGGACCCAGGGGCCAGUCUGCCCUUAGUGACAACUCCCCCGCCCCUCUCUAAAGGGGGGCAUGGGGCUCCUUCACAAAUGUGUUUUAAGGCGAGCCUUCUUCAGUGUGCCAGUGAUGAUCCCCUAUAAGAUUGAUCUGCUUGUGAGGUGUGUACUCACCUAGUACUCACCUAGUACAGGUGAGUGUGUGAGUUCUCCUGUGAUGCUUGCCUUGAGAGAUGGACUGGUGUCUCUGAAGUCACUUAACUCUGUCAUUGUUAUCUCCGAAGUCAUGAAUCCAGCGACUCAUGUCUUGGAAUUAAUCAGUCGAGUGAUUGACGUCUCUAAUUGAUGGUAAUCAAUCAUAUGUCUCUUCAAAAUAAAUAUUUAAACUAAUUUUACGUUUUCGCUACUUUUGAUGUAUGAAUUUUGUUUCAUUGUUAAUCAAUACAUAUAUAUAAAUAUAUACAAAUAUAUAUUUUUAAAAUAUAACACACGUAGAUUUAAGUAUAUUUUCGUUACUGUAUGUGUGGAAAAAGAUAUAAUUUUACUUUGAAAAUUAAGUUCAUAAGAUCCUUAAUUAAACUAAAAAAAAAAAAAUUCACAUUCCGUUCAAUUUUCACUUUCAUGUUUGUGUACACAGGAAUCCUACUGAAAGUGAUGGUGAAAAGAUUAUACACAGUGAAUGGUGCGUUGUGAAAGUUACAUUUUACAUGAUGAAUCAUCAGGGGGUAAUGUAAUGGGUUCGAACCUCGGUCCUUGGACUCCUCAGACGAACCGGAGCCAGGAGUGAGAGUUCGAUCCUACUGCAUGGCCUUACCAUUUUCUCAUAGAUUUCUCACGUUCCUGUGAUUUAUUUGGUAGUCUAUAUCAUUUAAGAAAUGCUGUACAUCUUAUAAGGAAUCUCUCUAUCUUAUAAGAUAUCUCUGUAUCUUAUAUGUAAUCUCUAUAUCUUAUAAGAAAUUUCUGUAUCUUGUAAGACAUCUCUAUAUCUUAUAAGAAAGCUCUAUAUUUUAUAAGAAAGCUCUGUAUCUUAGAAGAAAGCUCCAUAGCUUAUAAGAAAUCUCUAUAUCUUAUAAGAAACCUAUAUAUCGGAUAAGAAAACUCUGUAUCUUGAAAGACAUCUCUAUAUCUUAUAAGAAAGCUCUAUAUCUUGUAAGAAAGCUUUAUUUCUUAUAAGAAAGCUCUGCAUCCUAUAAGAAAGCUAUAUAUCCUAUAAGAAAGCUCUAUAUCCUAUAAGAAAGCUGUAUCUUGUAAGACAUCUCUAUAUCUUAUAAGACAUCUCUAUAUCUUAUAAGAAAUCUUUAUUUAUAAGAAAACUCUUUAUAUAUAAGAAAGCUCUUUAUCAUAUAAGAAAUAUCUAUAUAUUAUAAGAACGUUCUAUAUCUUUUAGUAAAGCUUUAUAUCGUAUAAUAAAGCUCCAUAUCUUAUAAAAACUGUAUAUUAUAACAAACUCUAUAUCCUGUAAGAAAACUUGAUAUCUUAUACGAAAGCUCUAUAUCGUAUAGUGCUGCAACAUAAUUAGUUAUUACAUUGAUAUAGUGUUGUUGAGGAACUCAUUUGCAUAUUAGACCAUAAUUACAUUAUCAAAAUGUUAUUUUGCCGUCAUAUUACUUCAUUAAGGCAUCAUCAUCAUAAGAAAUUAUUUGCACUUAGGCCUUUAUUGCCCUAGAACACUGUUAAUUAGCCAGGGGAGACUUGUGUAUAAAUUUUUUUUUAUCUUGAUUUACAUCCACAAAGUUUUAAUUUUAAGAUAAAUUAUGUAUUGGAUUAUUUCAAUGUAGUCAGAAUGAACUUGUUAUUAUAUGUAUGUUUGUAUGAAAUUACGUUCUGGGUUAAUUAUUUGUAUAAGUGCUUUUUCUUACUGGAUUUUUUCAGUCAUGGAACAACUUUCGUCAAUCAUGUCUUUUUUUUUAAUUGAAAAUGGAUUAUAUAGGAACUUUGUGUGUGUGAUACAUACAUUAACUUGUAUCAACUAAAUAUUAAUCACGUCAAUGGCAUCUGUUAAAAGCCAAACAGGACCUAACUGCUUCCUAAUUAAUUUGGUUUGGUGUUGGACUUAAGGCCUAUCAACCUCUGGAGGGUUAUUAAGACCACCACAAUACCUUACUGACCAACCAGCAAGUUUGGUGUUGGGCAUAAGGCCUAUCAACCUCUGGAGGGUUAUU